AUGACUUCAUCAAAGUCUCGUCCUGAUGAUCUCCAACACCAGCACAUUUGGCUUGCCGUCGCUGCUAUAAUCAUCUGCUCUCAGAUACAACUAGCUAAUAUGACGCGAAAGGCUCCUAAACAGCCAAAGGCCCAGUGGGGUUUUGAUGAGAUUGAUGCCAUGCUCACAUAUCUUAUCAUGGAGAAGUCAUCACUGGCAGGGGUAACAUUCAAAGACACGAUAUACAAUCAAGCUGCGAUAGAGAUCGCAAGCAAGCGGACACAUGGGCCUCCCAAAACUGGGGAGCAGUGCAAGAGUAAAUGGGGGAUGUUAAAGACUACUUUCCAAGCCAUCCGGACAUAUCACUCUAAGUCAGGCUGUCAUUGGGAUGAUGAGCAUGGGGCCAACAUCGAUGGGCCCGCCGCUGAAGCUGUGUGGAAGGAAUAUGUUGGCAAGAAGUCCAACUCGCCCAUGAAACCAUUCAAAAAUAAUGGUUGGCCUUUCUAUUCAAAGAUGGACCAAAUCCUCCCCGAGAAGAGCGCUGCACAAGGAACGGUUGCAUACAACCCUGCCCAAUCAGCUGCACCGGCCGUGGAGCAACCGGUUGCAAGCACAAGCAGCGCACCUCAUGAUGCUGACAUGAGCAUGAUGGAUAUUGAAAGCAUGAGGCCGCCUCCUUUUAUUCCGAACCUCUUUCCCAUCAACACCAGCAUGGCCCAGCAGCCUCCUUUCAUUCCUGAUCUCACUCCCAUGAAGCCCAGCAUGGCCCAGCCGAACCUCGGCUGGGUGUCGCAGGUGACAAAGCCGGAAUCGGAGAAGAAACCAAGGCUGUCAACAGCCAGUGGUAAGACGCGCCCAAGCACAAGCAAGAAGAACAUUCAAGACACUGCCAACACAGCUGUGUUGAUGAAUCUUCAAGGCACUAUCAACCGCCUGUCAGAUUCAUUGAACACGAACUUCGGCACUGACGAGGCUCAUGUAGCUGAACAUAGGUCACGCGCACUGAAGUUAAUGCAGUCGGCUACAGGGAUCUCGAAGGACAAUAAGGUGAUUCUCAUGCAUGUGUUCGUGACGAACGCAGCAGCAUGUGAUACAUUCUUAGAUGUUGAUGACCCUGAGCUGCAUGAAGCAUUUUUAGAAUCUAUGAUCGCCCGUGCCAAACAAGAGAACCCUACCAUGUAG